AUGGAUGGAAAACGUAUUAGAACUUCGGAUAUUUUCAAAUCCUUAAUAGGACCUUUGAAUGAUAUGGGAUUUUGCAGGGAUGUGAGCCAGUUAUUAGUAAAAUAUAAAAAUUUGAAAGCUGAGUACUACAAAUGUAAGAGGCAUAAUGCCAUCAGUGGGAAUCAGCCUUACAAAUUCGAAUACUUUGAAGAACUCGAUGCAAUAUUAGGCUCCAGGCCACAAGCAGAAAGCCUUGGUGAUACACCAGCAAUUGGAUUUGAGAGUUUAGCAGAAAGCGAGCCAGAAAUCAAUAAUGAAAAUGUGCCCCCAAUGGAUAUCUCGGAGAUUGAAAUAGUGAUGGAAGAUUUUGAUGACCAGCCAGAUAUUGAUGGGGCAAUUCCAGGUUGUUCGAAUGAACCUGGAAUCAAAAGAUUGGUCAUACCAACUCUUCCAUCAUGCAAAGCUUCAACUACCGCUGUUUCUUCCACUCCCUCUGCUUCUUCCACUCCCUCUGCUACUACUACUCCCACUGCUGCUCCCAAAGUCCAAUUUAAUACUGCUGGUAAGGGGAAAGGGAAGAAGAAAAAGACGACUGAAAAAGCAGACGCUGGUUUAAGUCUUCUGCAAACCAUGCUGGAAGAGAAUCGGAAAGAAGCAGCGAAUGACAGGGAGUUUAUGCGGGAGAUGAUGAGAAGCAGUGAUGCAACAUUGAAAGAGUGCACCUCGAUGUUGGAGAAAAUUGGGAAACUAUGA